AUGUCAUUCACAAGCCCAUCCAUGUUACUCUUCGGACCUCAGUCAUCAACUCCGUCCCAAGAAACACUAUCUCAACUUCGCUAUCUACUUGGAUCCGACUCUCACACACCAUUAAAGCCCCUUUGGGACGCAGUCAGGGAUGUUGCUACUGUGUGGUCAACUCUGACAGCAUCGGACUUACAACUGAAUGGUAUCCCAGGUGCCAAAUACAUCCAGCAACUUCUUAGCCUGGUUGGCCCCCAAGAGCCAGAGACAGAAAUUCAGAUCGACCAGUUGCCGAGCACAGUGAUCACACCUUUGACAGUUAUCUUGCAUCUAGCCCAGUACCUCUUGUACAUCGACGCAAGAUCCGCCAAUAACAUAUCCUCUCAUGCCCAGGUCCUUGAGCAAGUACGACCCAAAGGAGGAACCCAGGGUUUCUGUACCGGCCUUUUCAGUGCUGUUGCAGUUGGCGUGAGCCGUGAUGAAAGAGAUUUGGCCCGAUGGGUCAGAGCAGUUCUGAAAUUGGCAGUUGCCAUUGGUGCCUGUGUCGAUGCAGACGCUCGUGGCCAAUUUUCAGCUGAGACUGGAUGCAUGGUUGUCAGGUGGUCAAAUGAGGGGGGCAAAACACAGCUCCUUGGAUCCAUUGAUCAGAUUCCAGGUGCAUACAUCUCCGUGUACCCUGACGGCAAUGCUGCCACUGUCACAGUGCCUCUGACCUCAAUGGCCACUUUAACAAAGGCCAUUCAAGCUCACAAGCUAGUGGGCAUUUCACUCGAUAUGCGAGGUCGAUUUCAUACGGUGGAUUACCAGGCUAUUGCAGAUAAGCUGAAGGGGUUAUGUGCAAGAGUUCCUGAACUACAGUUGCCACGCGCGCAAGAGCUCGUGGUGCCUAUCCUCGGGAAUGACGGACAGAUAUUUCCACCAACUUCCUUUCUCCACGACAUUAUCAUCGAUGCAAUCCUGGUUCAGACAUGCAAUUGGCAUACGACUAUCUCCACUGCUGUUGCAGAUGUCAGCAUGGCGUCUGGCCAUCAACAACCUCAUUUUGUUCAAUUUGGCAAUGUCGAUUGCAUUCCUUCUUCCGUCCUGCGAGCCGUGCCUAAUACCACUCUACAGCGGAUGCCCAAGUCGUUGUUGGAAAUCGGGAAUCUGAAACCGGGAAUGAGCACUGCUACACAGCCGUCACUGCCACAGAAUGGCGUGGCUAUUGUGGGAAUGGGCGGUCGUUUCCCCGGAGCAGACGACUUGGAGGACUUUUGGAAGCUCCUCUGCGAUGGUUCAUCUCAGUGCGAGCAAAUGCCCGAGGAGCGCUUUCGUCGUCAGAACUUACGACGCUCGCCGGAUAACAAGCUUCCAUUCUGGGGAAAUUUUGUCCGAGGUAUUGACUGCUUUGAUCACCGUUUCUUCCGGAAAUCGUCCCGUGAGGCGGCUACCAUGGAUCCCCAGCAACGUCUACUCCUCGAAGUGGCCUAUCAAGCGCUUGAAUCGUCAGAAUAUUUCUCACUGCCUAAAGAUGCGCCGCAGGAUAUCGGCUGCUAUGUCGGAGUGUGUGCAUCCGACUACAAUGACAACGUAGCGGCCCAUGCUCCGAACGCCUUCUCCAGCUUGGGAACCCUGCGUGCCUUCCUGACGGGUAAGAUCAGCCAUUAUUUUGGCUGGACAGGACCCUCAAUCACAUACGAUACUGCUUGUUCUUCGUCCGCCGUGGCCAUCCAUGCUGCCUGCAAGGCAAUCCAAACAGGAGAGUGUUCCAUGGCACUAGCGGGAGGAGCCAGUCUCUACACGAGCCCCUUCUUCUAUCAAAAUCUUGCAGGGGCUUCAUUCCUAAGCCCCACUGGUCCCACCAAGCCUUUUGAUGCCAAGGGAGACGGGUACUGUCGAGGCGAAGGUGUAGCACUGGUGGUGUUGAAAUCUCUUGCAGCUGCACAGGCCGAUGGAGACCGAAUCCUGGGAGUCAUUGGCGCUACCGCUGUCAACCAAAAUAUCAACGACACCCCCAUCACAGUGCCACACGCAGACUCUCAGGUGAGCCUGUAUGAGAAAGUUGCAUCUGAUGCUGGGAUCCAUCCCCACGACGUCUCUUAUGUGGAAGCGCAUGGAACGGGCACACCCGUUGGAGACCCAAUCGAGCUGUCCAGUAUCCGCAAGGUCUUUGGUGGAGUCACCCGGAAGAAUCCAGUACAUGUUGCCUCCAUAAAGGGUAACAUUGGGCAUCUGGAGGGCGCAUCUGGCGCCGCAUCCUUAAUCAAGACCCUGCUGAUGAUGCGCCACCAGACGAUUCCCGUGCAGGCCAAUCACUCCCAACUCAACCCUAAGAUUCCCGCACUGGAACCAGAUAAUCUUGCUAUCCCCAGAUCAACAACUCCAUGGAAGGCGCCCAUGCAGAUUGCCUGUAUCAACAAUUAUGGAGCAGCUGGAAGUAACGCAGCCAUGAUUGUGCACGCUCCGAUUCCGACCAAACACGCGGGUACAGUCUGUGCCCUGCCCAAAUACCCCAUUCGCCUCACAGCCAACUCAGAGACUAGUAUGCAAGCUUACUGCCAAUCCAUGCUGAAAUAUAUCCAGAAAUGGCGCCGUCAGUACAGCGAGAGUGAAAUUUUGGCGAGCGUUUCCUUCCACUUGUCACACCAGCAGAAUAAAUCAUUGCCACUAGAUACUAUUGCGACCGUGUCCUCUAUGUCGGAAUUGAUACGGUUACUGGAUAGCCCACAGUUGCAGCAGCGAUCUGUUGUCUCGCGGAACCCCAUUUUGGUUUUUGGUGGACAGACUAGCAAGCAAGUUGGGUUGAGUCGACAGAUCUUUGAGGCCUCUCUCCCACUGCGACGACACUUGGAUGCCUGCAAUGAGGUCAUCCAAUCGCUCAAUCUUGCCAGUAUAUACCCCGCCAUAUUCCAGACCGAGCCUGUCGAAGACUUGGUCUUGCUUCAUUCCCUGUUCUUCGCUAUCCAGUAUGCCAGUGCCAAUGCCUGGAUGGAUAGCAAUGUCGCCCCCGCCGCUGUCAUCGGGCACAGCUUUGGUCAAUUGACUGCAUUGUGCGUCAGUGGGGUCUUGUCUCUGAAGGAUGCACUUCGGCUUGUCACAGGGCGUGCUUUUUUGAUGGACAGCCACUGGGGACCGGAGGGAGGCUCCAUGGUCUCUCUGCAGGCAUCGUUAGAUCAGGUUACUGCAAUCAUCGGAGCUGUCGACGCCCAGCUUGAAAUUGCGUGCUAUAAUGGGCCCCAAAGCCAUGUCAUUGUGGGAUCUGCGACGGCAAUUGACAGCGUGGAGCAGCUUCUUCAACGAAGUGAUACCAAAUGGGGCCACAUAAAAUACAAGCGACUGGUAGUAACCCAUGGCUUCCAUUCACGCUUUACCGAGCCACUUCUGUCCGAUUUGACUGAACUUUCUAAGUCUCUCACUUUCAAUACUCCCAGCAUUCCGAUCGAAACAUGCUCGGAGGGCAGCAGCUGGUCGAACAUCACUGCCGCUCGCAUUGCAGAACAUACGCGCACUCCGGUUUACUUCUCCCACGCCGUCCAACGAUUGGCUGGCCGAAUGGGCCCGUCUGUCUGGCUCGAAGCAGGCUCAGGCUCUGGGGUCAUCGGCAUGGUCCGCAGUGCACUACUCGAUCCCUCUGAGCAAGUCUACCAGUCUGUUGAGCUUCGUGAUCCUUCUGGACUGUCAAACCUAGCUGAGAUCGCCGUUAAAUUAUGGAAUCAAGGAGUCGAGGUUGCCUUCUGGCCCUUCGACCGUCGUAACCGUGCUCAAUAUUUGGACCUUCCCCUGCCGCCGUACCAAUUCGAAAAGAACAGGCACUGGUUGGACUGGAAGGACACAGUUUCCCAGGAAACCGUAACGCCACCUGUGAUGAGUGUGACUGAUACGCCCCGUUCUGAGCCAGUGCUUCUCUCCCUGAGCAAGUACCUGGACACCGACGGGAACGACGCCGAGUUUGCGAUCGAUCCCGCCAGCGAGCAGUACCGCUUCUUCGUGGAGGGACAUGCUGUCCUUGCACAGCCAUUAUGCCCGGCUCCCUUGUACAUUGACCUGGCUGCACAAGCUGCUUGCGAACUCGCAGGAGAAGAAUGUGGAGUGCCGAGCAUUGAGGACCUGCAAAUUCAGGCGCCAUUGGGAGCGGGAGACCGGCGUAUUCAGCUUGAACUUCGACGCGUUGACCCUAACACACCAGUUUGGAAAUUCACUGUCGCCAGUCAUCGGGCAGCCACACCGGAAAGCAUCGAUCGCCACGCCGCGGGAAUAGUCCGCUUCUACAAUGAUGCGAAUCGCUUGGCAGACGACUACGCUCGUGUCGAGAGCUUGUUGGGCCCAGAGCGAUAUAUGCGUAUCCCACAGGAACCGCAUGCUGAGGCACUUCAGGGAUCUCAAGUCUACAAAGCAUUCGGCAAGGUCGUGACCUACCGUCCCUAUUACAAGGGAGUGCGAAGCGUACAUGCCUUGGGGCGAGAGGUUGUCGGUCGGGUCAAGCUGCCUGAACUCCCUCCCCCAGGGCCUUCCCAUGAUGCUACCAAGACCAAGGCUGCAAUGGACCCACGGGCGCUUGACAAUUUCAUCCAAGUGUCCGGCCUUCACGUCAACUGCCUCACAGAGCUGCAGGAAAACGAGGUUUACGUCUGCACCAAGGUGGACCGCGUUCAAGCGCGUGCCCCGAUUGAAGACAAUGGCUCAUGGCUUGUUUACUCCAGCUACCGGCCUGUGAGCAAUAGGGAACUUGUUAACGACAUCUAUGUUUGUGAUGCGGCUUCCAAGUCCUUGAUAUUGUUUAUUUUCGGUGCUCGCUUUACCAAAGUCCAAAUCUCCAGUCUGACACGAGUCUUGGCUCGGGCCAACGACCGGUGCCCGUCGACACUCCUGUCUUCACCACCCAGAUCAGUGGCUCCCUCACCUCCACCAACGGUUUCGAAGAGCCUUCGUCAACGAGGCUCCAAAGGUAAAGCGCCAACCCGAGCUCCUGGCCGUGACUUUGGAGCAGAGCUUCGAUCUCUCCUCGAAACGGUCGCCGAAGUGCCGUCGGCAGAGGUACAGGAUGAUGCCAGUUUUGAUGACCUUGGCAUCGAUUCUCUGAUGGUCACUGAAGUGCUCAGCGAGAUAAAUUCAGUUUUCUCUGUGUCUAUCACUAUGGACGAGUUUGCCACCAUGAAGGACAUCAGGGCUAUUGUUGUCGCCCUCCAGCGGCUUCUUGGGGGUGGGCUCGUCUCUACCCCGGGAACCUCCACACCGUCCGAUACUGACUCAGACGACAAUAUCUUUGAUGAUGCACAGCUAUCAACCCAAGGUUCCAGCUCGGGAGCUAGCACACCUCCUACAGCCGACGAGUCCACUAUGGGUCCGAAGAUAGUCGUGCAACUGAGCAAACUCUUGGCUACCCACCUAGAAUGCCCCGAACCCAUUGCCUUGGACGCCAACCUGGCCAGCUUGGGUCUGGAUUCUUUGCUCUGCAUGGAAUUGGCUGCUGAUAUGAAGCAGGAUCUGGGGGCGGAUGUGGAUAUGGCUCGGCUCGACCAGGACUCCACAUUCCAGGACCUCGUCCAAUUAGUCAGUGAGGUUCUACCUGCAGCUUCGAAUAUUUUGUCCUCUCCUGGAUACCAACUCCCUCAAGUGGUUGCGGGGCUUGCUCGCCAAACUAGCGCGAAGCUGUCUGCGCCUUUGAGCGCCAAGGGCGCUCCUCUUAUUGGAGCCCAAGCUGCUUUUGAAGCAAUUCGUUUCGACUACGAUAAGCACACACAGAAGACUGGAUUCGCUGACUUUUGGACACGAGUGUAUCCUACCCAGGCGAGACUAGUUUUGGCAUAUACGGUCGAGGCCUUCACACGUUUGACUUGUGAUUUGGCCCGCCUCUCAGCAGGCGAAAAUCUUCCGUCUAUCUCCUACCUGCCCAAGCAUGAGCCUCUUGUCCAGCAGCUGUACAAUAUCCUCCGGGACGGACAACUGAUAGCCACAGAUGGCAGUAAGCUGGUUCGAACCGACCGACCGGUUGAUCAAACCCCCUCGAUCACGAUUUAUGAACAAAUCCAGGCCCGCGCACCUCAGCAUGCGAUGGAGCAUCAACUCCUCCAUAUGACUGGAUCCAAAUUGGCCGAAUGCUUGAUUGGUACCGCAGAUCCAUUGGAUAUUCUGUUCCGUUCCAGGGAAAACCGUACCGUUCUUGAGUCAGUUUACGCAAAGGGGCCGAUGUACGAGGCUAUCUCGGAGCAGCUGUGCAGCUUCAUUGACAAAGCAUUCUCGUCCUCGUCAUCAUCCUCUGAGCCUUUUGAGAUACUGGAACUCGGAGCUGGCACGGGUGGUACCACACGGUAUGUAGUCGAGCUCCUCGAACGACGGGGAAUUCGAUUCAACUACACAUUCAGCGAUCUGUCUGGAUCUCUUGUUGCCGCCGCACGGCGCAAGUUCGGGUCAAAGCACCCAUCUAUGCGCUUCCAGGUUGUUGAUAUCGAAAAGCAGCCUGCGGAGGAAUUGCAGGGCAAGUACCAUGCUGUUAUCUCGACCAACUGCAUCCAUGCAACGAAAGACCUGGAGAUCUCCACCCGGCACAUGCGCCAGAUGCUGCGACCGGACGGAUUUAUCUCGCUAGUCGAAUUCACCCGCAAUAUGUACUGGUUCGAUCUCGUCUUUGGCCUUCUCGACGGCUGGUGGCUGUUCUCUGACGGACGGCCGCAUGUCCUCGCGUCGGAGUGGUUCUGGGAUGCUAGCAUGCGUCGCGCCGGCUAUCAGCACGUUUCCUGGACCGACGGUCCCUCGCUCGAAUCUCGCACCUUGCGCAUCAUCACUGGCUUCAAUGCUCCACCUGAGAAUACUUCUUUUAUUCCUAAGCGAGUACCGCAAGAUGCAGAGACGAAAACGGAGAUUGUUCGCUACAAGCAGCAGGAAGGUGUUUCCCUGUUUGCUGACAUAUUUUAUCCGCCCUCCUUCGUACCUUCGGAGCCCCGACCUAUUGCCCUCAUGAUCCACGGUGGUGGACAUGUCAUGCUGUCCCGCCGGGAUGUUCGUCCUAAGCAAACGCCAACACUACAUUCCAUGGGCUUCUUGCCCAUCUCCAUUGACUAUCGCCUCUGCCCAGAAACUACAUUGGUUGAUGGACCGAUGUCUGAUGUCUGUGAUGCCCUUCACUGGGCCCGUUCGGCCCUUCCCCAUCUUCCGCUCCUCGCCCAGGGGCUGAAGAUCGAUGCAUCCCGCAUCGCCAUAGUUGGCUGGUCCACGGGCGGACAUUUGGCCAUGACUACCCCAUUCACAUCAGUCCAGCGCGGCCUGGCACCUCCCACGGCCAUCCUGGCCUUUUACUGCCCUACCGACUACGAAGAUCCUUGCUGGCAAAAUCCAAACUACCCGGAGAGCAGCCGUGAGUUAGCCCAGUCUACAGACUAUGAUCUUCUCGCCGGGGUUCAAGACCGACCGAUCACCGCAUACCAAGUGUCAGCCAAGAUGCGGGCUGUCGGUGGCUGGAUGGCGCCCCAGGACCCGCGCUCACGGAUCGUCUUGCACAUGAACUGGAAGGGCCAGUUCUUACCAGUACUCCUUCGUGGACUGCCUGGUUUAGGUCACGUAUCUGCUGAGCAGGGACGGGCGCUGCUCGAGCAGUCUCAACCUUCGGAGAAGGAUAUUCAAGCGGUCAGUCCAUAUGCGCAGAUCUCGCAUGGCAGAUAUACUACGCCUACCGCCGUGGUACAUGGAACCGAGGACGAUCUGAUUCCCUGGGCUCAGAGUCAGCGGACAGUGGAGGCGCUGAAGCAGCGCGGAGUGCGCUCAGAGCUGGUUCUUGUCGAGGGCAAGAUUCACCUCUUUGACUUGUAUCCUGACUCCGAUGGCAAGGGAGGUGAAGCCUUGCGCAAGGCAUAUGCGUUUUUGGCUCGUGAAGUUUUUGGAAGCUCGAAUUAG